AUGCAAGACGAAUCCACGGAUAAGAACGCAAAUAAAUCACCUCCACAAUCACAGGAUAGUGUUGAGGAAGUGGAUACCGUAUUGGGUCGAUUCAGUUUAUUUGUUAAAGACUUAUCACAAGGAUUUAGCAAUCCAAGUAGAGACGGAACGCCUUCAGAAGAACCGGCAACAUUAGUGGAUACCCCACAACCAGUUAUUGUAUUAGGACAAGAAUUUAAGAAUGAACAAGAGGCAAUAGUAUUUAUAGAAUCCAGACUUUGGCUAUCUUAUCGUUGUGGAUUUGAUCCAAUACCAAAAGCAGAAGAUGGACCUCAACCAAUACAAUUUUUCCCGUCUAUUAUCUUUAACAAGACCACUAUAUACUCCAAUUUUGCAAAUUUAAAAAGUUUAUUUGAUAAGGAGAAUUUUACCUCAGAUGCUGGAUGGGGAUGUAUGAUUAGAACGUCGCAAAAUUUAUUAGCCAAUACUUUAUUACAAUUAUUACCUCCCGAUUCAAAGCAAGAUGUUAUUGGUCUAUUUCAAGAUAAUCAAAGUUCGCCAUUUUCGAUUCAUAACUUUAUUAAAGUUGCAGGCGAACUGCCUUUGCAGGUUAAACCUGGUCAAUGGUUUGGUCCCAACGCCGCUUCAUUAUCAAUCAAAAGACUUACUGAUACGUUACAGGAUAAAGAGAUCAAAGGAGUGAAAUACCCCAAAGUGUUUAUCAGUGAGAAUAGUGACUUGUAUGAUGGUGAAAUUAACGAGAUUCUUAGUGAAGAAGGUAGAAGUGUUUUGGUUUUGUUUCCUAUUCGAUUGGGCAUUGAUAAAGUCAAUUCGUAUUACUACGAUAGUAUAUUCCAAGUAUUGAAAUCAAAAUUCAGUUGUGGUAUUUCUGGAGGUAAACCUUCAUCGAGCUUUUACUUUUUAGGAUACGACAAUUCAGAUCUUAUCUAUUUUGAUCCACAUUUACCUCAAUUGGUUGAAAAUCCUAUCAAUAUUGAAAGCUAUCACACUAGGAAUUAUAACAGAUUGAAUAUCAGUUUAUUGGAUCCCUCUAUGAUGAUAGGUAUAUUGCUUCGGUCUAUGGAUGAUUACCUAGAGUUUAAAACAAGUUGUAUCGGUAACAAUAAUAAGAUUGUUCAUUUCCAUCCUCAUGUAUCACCAUUGCAACAGCAGCAAGAUAAUUUGAUCAAUCAAUCAUGGGAAGAAGUACAAGACGAGGAUGAAGACUUUGUUAAUUUGAAUGUCAGCAAAGUUGAAGUUGCCGAAGAAGAAACUGAAGACGAAGAAGGUGUUAAGGUGGAUCUGCCGAAACAACUGGAUGAAUUUAUUGAUCUUGGUAAACAGGAACAAAGUUAA